UCGCGACAAUGGCUAUUCUCAACAAAUCAUAAAGAUAUUGGAACUUUAUAUUUUAUCUUCGGAGCCUGAGCAGGAAUAGUCGGAACAUCCCUUAGAAUUUUAGUCCGAGCUGAACUAGGGCAUCCCGGAGCAUUAAUCGGAGACGAUCAGAUUUAUAAUGUAAUUGUAACAGCCCAUGCUUUCGUAAUGAUUUUCUUUAUAGUUAUACCGAUUAUAAUUGGUGGUUUCGGAAACUGGCUUGUUCCUUUAAUAUUAGGUGCGCCCGAUAUAGCAUUCCCACGAAUAAAUAAUAUAAGAUUUUGAUUACUACCCCCUUCCCUUACACUACUAUUAGUGAGAAGUAUAGUAGAAAACGGAGCUGGUACAGGUUGAACAGUUUACCCACCCCUAUCGUCUGUUAUUGCACACGGAGGGGCUUCAGUUGAUUUAGCUAUUUUCUCACUUCACUUAGCUGGUAUCUCAUCGAUUUUAGGAGCAGUAAAUUUCAUUACAACAGUUAUUAAUAUACGAUCUACAGGAAUUUCGUUUGACCGAAUACCUCUUUUCGUUUGAGCAGUUGUAUUAACAGCCCUAUUACUUUUACUAUCAUUGCCAGUUUUAGCAGGAGCUAUUACUAUAUUAUUAACAGAUCGAAACUUAAAUACCUCCUUUUUUGACCCUGCUGGGGGAGGAGACCCUAUUCUUUACCAACACUUAUUUUGAUUCUUUGGACAUCCAGAAGUUUAUAUUUUAAUUCUUCCAGGAUUCGGAAUAAUUUCUCAUAUUAUUAGUCAAGAAUCAGGAAAAAAGGAAACAUUUGGAUCUCUAGGAAUAAUUUAUGCUAUGAUAGCAAUUGGCUUAUUAGGAUUUAUUGUAUGAGCUCACCAUAUAUUCACAGUAGGUAUAGAUGUAGACACUCGUGCCUAUUUCACUUCAGCCACAAUAAUUAUUGCUGUACCUACAGGUAUUAAAAUUUUUAGUUGACUAGCCACAUUACACGGUACUCAACUAAACUAUUCCCCAGCUAUAUUAUGAGCCCUAGGGUUUGUAUUCUUAUUUACAGUAGGAGGAUUAACCGGAGUAGUUCUUGCUAAUUCAUCUGUAGACAUUAUUCUUCAUGACACAUACUAUGUAGUAGCUCAUUUCCACUAUGUUCUAUCAAUAGGAGCAGUUUUUGCUAUUAUAGCAGGGUUUGUUCACUGAUACCCACUUUUUACAGGAUUAGUAUUAAAUCCUAAAUGAUUGAAAAGUCAAUUUAUUAUUAUAUUUAUUGGGGUAAACCUAACAUUCUUCCCACAACACUUUUUAGGAUUAGCGGGUAUGCCGCGACGUUAUUCAGACUACCCUGAUGCCUAUACAACAUGAAAUGUAGUGUCUACUAUUGGUUCAUCUAUUUCUUUACUAGGAAUUCUAUUCUUCUUAUUCAUCAUUUGAGAAAGCUUAGUAACACAACGACAAGUAGUUUACCCUAUACAGCUUAGCUCUUCAAUUGAAUGACUUCAAAACACCCCUCCAGCUGAACACAGUUAUUCAGAACUGCCUCUUUUAACUAACUA